AUGAAAAUUAGUGGUGAUUUUCGUACAAUCCACCACUUUAAGUUAAGAUCAUUCCAUUGUUGUUUAUCCAAUCAAUAUAUUUGUAGAUUAUGGAACUCAGAUUUUAAGAAUUUAAUGUCACUUGGAAGUGUAUCUGUUAGUUCAGUAAGUAGUUCCUCAGUUGGUGGAUCUUCAAACAUGAGUGGAUCACAGUCUGAUAAUGAUAUCACAGGUAGAGGUUGUCAUUCUAGAAGAGGUUGCCAUUCCGGUGGUGGAAACAAUGGAUGUACUAGACCAAGACCAUGUCCCCAACAACCAUCAAGUUGUUGCCCAAGCGGUGGUUGUUAG